GCAGCUUAAGCAUGGUACUGUAUCACUGCCCAUGCUGCCCCCAUUUAACCUACUUCAUUCAUUUCCGACUUUAUGCCAAUCUCUCUCUCUCUCUCUCUCUCUCUCUCUCUCUCUCUCUAAGCAAACCAAAGUAUUCAGUAUCAACUACUUCCACGUCGCUCUCAGCUCUCUUCAGAUGGGGCAACAGAUCUGAAGGUCCGUCUGGAUCGUUGUUUAACUUGACAGGGCGUUUGGCGUACGUCGUCGAGUCCGUACAAAUGGAGACCAAAAGCCGUACGUCGAUGAGUCGUGGUGCUUCUGCUGCCGUUCAACUACUUGAAGCUACGUUUGGUCAGUUUUUCUUGCUAACGUGCGCCUGGGAUGCUCUUCUUGCGAAUCUGCUCACCGCCGCUGCCUUGCUCUCUCUGCCUCAAGAUCCUUCUGCGCUCUCAACCACCUGUGGAAAGAAAAGUCACGGAGACGAUGAGGGCGAACAUUCCAACUCCAAAGCAGUUGAUGGUGACGAAGAUGGAGACAAAGAUAAGAUCGGUGAUGGCGGCUUUGGAGACACUGAAGAGGAGCUAUCUUCGGAAGACGGAGGAGGCGCUGGGGACAAUCCUAAUCGGAAAAGCAACAAUUCCAAAGCCAGCCCUGGAGGAGAAGGCGGAGAAGUAGGCGAAGAAGGUGAAGAGGAAGAGGAGGAAGAUGGCAAUGAGAAUGAUCACGAUGGCGAGGAUGAUGGGGAUGAUGGGGAUGAAGGCAAUGAAGAUGAUGACGACAAUGACGACGAUGAUGAGGGCGAGGUCAAGGACGAGGAGGAAAUUGUGGACGAGGAUGAACCGGAGGAUGAUGAAGAAGAGGACGAGGAAGAGGCCCUUCAGCCCCCUAAGAAGAGGAAAAAGUGA